UCGCUCUGCGAACGCAAAUUCAACAAAACUCGAUCGACUUUGGGGGAGUGCGAGUCGCAGGGCAAUGGAGGAGCCGUGGAGGAUCCUCGAGUUCUACAGCGGCAUCGGCGCCAUGAGGUAUUCUUUGAUCAAGGCCGGGGUUCGGGGAGAGGUGGUGGAGGCGUUCGACAUCAACGAUCGCGCCAACGAUGUGUACGAGCACAACUUUGGCCAUCGCCCUUUCCAGGGAAACAUCCAAAUACUUACUGCUGCUGACCUAGACAAGUACAGGGCACACGGAUGGCUUCUUUCCCCUCCAUGUCAACCAUACACGCGACAGGGUCUGAAAAAACAUUCAGCUGAUGCUCGGGCAUCUUCAUUCAUUAAGAUUCUUGACCUUAUGCCACACAUGCUUCAGCCUCCACUACUGUUAUUUGUGGAAAAUGUAGUUGGAUUUGAGAUAUCUGACACACACAAGCAAUUGAUGGAAGUUCUUGCCAGGCUUGGUUUUGUUACUCAAGAAUAUAUCUUAAGCCCAUUGCAAUUUGGAAUUCCAUAUUCGAGACCUCGCUACUUUUGCCUGGCGAAAAGAAAACCUUUAUCCUUUCAGAACUCACUUUCCGAUAACAAGCUGCUUUGGACACCUCCAUGCAGAACAUCUGAGAGUACUAUAAUAACAGAGACAAGCCAGCACGCUGUUGAAAAUAAGGAGGAACUCCAAACAGUUUGUGAGCCAAUUAGAAGUUUUUUGGAAAAAGAGAGUUUGUAUAGCCAUCAGCAGGAGUUUGUAGGAGUGGCUUCUGAAUUCAGAAGUGAAGAUGUUUUGGCCGAUAGAGCUGCACUUGAAGAAAUUGAUACUAUUGAAACCAACACAAGUCAACAUGGAGAAGAAGUAAAAGGAAGCAUUAAAAAGCAAAGUUUUCUGCAUGAGUAUGUUGUCCCACUAAGCUUGAUUGAGAGAUGGGGAAAUGCCAUGGAUAUUGUAUACCCUGAAUCUAAACGCUGCUGUUGUUUUACCAAAAGCUAUUACCGUUAUGUGAAGGGAACCGGCUCCUUACUGGCGACUUCUGAGAAAUCCAAAUUGAAGCCAGAAGAAAACCCUGAAAUUUCUUCGGGGAAGGAGAUGUUCCUACGAUUUUUCACACCACGAGAGGUUGCCAAUUUGCACUCUUUACCUGAGGAUUUCGACUUCCCAGGUCACAUCGGCCUUAGACAACGGUAUGCCUUGUUGGGCAACAGUAUGAGUGUAGCAGUAGUGGCUCCCUUGCUUCAGUAUCUAUUUUCGGAACCUACCUAAAGUCAGUCAUUGCACAAGUGCCUAUCUUGUCAGACACAAAUAGGGCAGUUCUGCAUAAGUCUUUGCGGGCUGUGGAUUUCAUUGUUGCCAGACAGAAAUCAGAUUUUGAGCAUGUUAUUUGGUACUUGGCGAAGAGCUAAACCUGCCAAACUCUACUACUUUUAUACUCAUCAGGUAAACGGGAUAAUUGCGGAUGGAGUACAACAGCAUACAGAGGACCAUUUCCAGAUUACCGCAAUUGGCGGAACCUGCGAACUUCUCAUCCUAAAUCUCUCAACGGAGCACGACGAAUAACUAAUUCUGAGUGCCGAUGCACGUUUAAGUACUAAUCAACAGUAUUAGUCUCCGGAUUAUCCUACUGGUGCUGCACCUCAAAUACAUAUUUGUUGGCAUGAGGUAAAAUGUUUCGCUUUCGCUUUGUAGCAUGCUGAACCCAUGGCAGGAACAAAGUGAUGAAUGAAUUUACGUUGGGCAUAAUCUCAUCUCAACUUUCAGCUGCUUGUGAGACGGCCUGUGACUUCCAAAAAUAUAGUUGAGACUAAUAAAUUCAUUCUUAAAAAUGUAAUGAAAUUGUUAUGAUAAGGUAA